AUGGAAGAAGCUAAUCAGAAACAAAAUCUAUCCUUCCAGAUAGCUUAAUUGGAAGAAGAGUACAAUAAUUACAUAGAGUAUUAUGUCAUUUAAUUUUAGCUCUUCUGAGGUUGUUAUGGAAUACUAUAAAAAUCAGUAAACAAGUGGAUUGGAUAAGCAUUUUCUGAAAAUUGAAGAAUGGUUGGAUUAGGAUGUAGUAAUAUAUCUUAUUUAUUCAAAAUAGAAAGGGAAAUAAAAUCUUCCAUUAGUAAUUGAGGCAGAAGAUGGUGUAGGCAAAAAAACUUUACUUGUUAAGUGGAUUGGAUAUCAUAAUGCAAACAAAAAAGGUAGAUAUUAGGAUAUAAUUAUACCUCAUUUUGCUAUGGUUGGAGGAAAUAAUAGUAAUUAUUUCUAUGCUAUAUAUCGAAUAUUGGUUAAAUUGAGGGAAUUGCUUAAUAUAGGAUAAAAAGUUGAGUUAUUGGAAGAGAAGCUUAGAAAAUAUUUUGCUUACUGGUUAGACAUUUGCAAUUCACAUAUUGAAAAUUAAAUACUCAAAGAAGCUAAAACUUUAUAUAAUAGAGUUAUCCUUAUCUUUGAAGGUGUUAAUCACUUUGUUGACUAAGGCAAUGGAAUCUCAAAAGAAGCUAAUGUUUCAUUUUGGUUGCCUUAAUUUUUUCCAUCUAGAAUCAAAGUUAUUCUAACUGCUUCUAAGAAUUCAGGAGCAAUGUAAUAUCUAUAGAAAAUCAAUGCUUAAAUUAUAUAAAUCAAAGUGGAACCUAAAAUAAUAGAGAAAAUGAUAGAAACACAUAAAAAAAGAAAAACAUUCCUUGUAAUAAUUAUAAAUUAAUAUUAUUAUAGUCUGAUUCACUUAAAGAUAAAUUAUUAAAUAUUCUAUCUUAAACUAAAUGUGAAAUGAGUUCAAUAUUUUGUAAGACAUUUCUUUCCCUUCUGAUUCCAUAUCCUAGUGUUGGAAUUAUUGGAGAAAAUGAUGUUAGACCAGAAGUAAUUGAAACUUUAGUUUCUUAAAUUGAUAUGUCAAAAUUGUAAGAGGUAACUAGUUUAGAAGAUUUGGUAAAUUUUAUUUUGGAUCACUAUUAAGCAAAAAUGUUUAAAGAUUAAGAAAAAUUUAUAAAAAUGCUUCUAUGCUUUACUAUAACUUAAAAAGGUUUGAUUAUUUAAGAAGCAUUAACAAUUUGUUAAUUAAAUGAGAAUGAUUGGAAGAUCUUUUUAGUAUUCUUUAAAGUGUAUCUUAUGCAUUAUAAAGAAUAUUGGAUUAUUAAUAAUGAUAUAUUUAAGAGUAUUAUUUAAAAAAGAUAUAUCAAAGAGAAUUCAUCAGUUCCUAAAUUACAUGAAGAAAUUGCUGAUCAUUUAAAUAAAUCAACUAAUUCCAUUAGAAAAUUGGAAGAGUAAACAUAUCAUUUAUUUAUGGCUAAAACAUAUUUUAAGUUAAAGGAAAUAGUUUCAGCUAUAGAGAAUUUUCUAUUAUUAUUUAAUCCUAAUAAUAAAUAUGAUCUAUGUCGUUAUUGGUAAAAAUUAGAGGAAUAAGGAUUUGAUCCAGUAAUUGAAUAUAAUAAAGCUAUAGAAGGUUUUGCAAUGCAAUAUCAUCCUAGUAGUGAAGAUAUUUUUAGAAUAAUUGUAUAAGUGUCAAGAUUUUUAAAAGAAUUUUGUGAUUUUGAAACUUAUUAUACUCCUAGUUUUAGACAUCCACCAAUUUAAGGUAUAGAAGAUGAAUUAGAUGAUAUUGGAUUAUUAAAUGAACUUUAUAGAAUGAAUUUAUGUUAUAUAAUUGAUGCUAAUCCUAUAAAAAUUGGGAAUAAUGAUGAAAAUUAUAAAUCACCAUAAGAGAGAAUUAAUGAAAAGAUUGAGAAACUUAAAUCAAAAUAAGUAUUAUAAAAAGAUUAAAAAUAAACUAAAAAACCUGGUAAAGAAGAAGAUAUUAAGAAAACUUAAGCUACUAUAAGUUUAUUGGAGAAAAAGAAGAAACCAUAAAUAUUAACAAAACUUGAAAAAUUAAAUGUUGAUAUACCAUAUAAUAGAGAAUAAGUUAAAAAGUUUUUUGAAGAGAAGAUAGGAAUUAGUAAUGUUUAAGAAGAGAAAUUAAGAGAAAAGGAAUCAGAAGAAGCUAAAAUAUAUUAAAAAUUAGAAAAUGGAUAAAUUUCAAUGAGAGAUUUAGAUAUUAAUUUAAGUAAAGAUGAAGAUGUAUAAUUAAAAAAGCCAGGUUAAUUAAAAUUAACACAUAAUUAGAUUUAAGUUAAGAAAUUAGAAGAGUAAUCAUUAGUUAGUGAAAGGAAACCAACAGAUUAUUAUUAUAAAAGAUGGAUUUGGAUUUAAUUUCCUUGGGUUUGUUUAUCUGUUCAUAGUGAUUAUUCUGCUAAAAUGAAAUAAUGUUUUGCCAAAGCUACAGAAUAUAUGAGUGUUUAAGAAGAAAAGGCAUUUACAAAAUAAGCAUUAAAAAUAGCUAUUGAAGCUAAAUUAAAGAAGAAAAUGAUGUAUUAAAAAUAAGAAGAUUUAAAUACUACUAAUAUAUUUAAUGAUAAAGAAUUAUCAGUAAUACCAGUAAAAUAAGAAUAGAAUACUUCAAUAUUAACAUUAAUGAGAUAAUAAAAUGAAUUACCAGGUGUAAAAGGAUUUAGAAGAGAGAAAUCAUUAGCUGAUAAUACUAUUAAUAAUUAAAAUCAUAAAUCUACUUAUAGAGAAGUUAAAUCAACAAAAAUGCAUACUACUAGUUUAUAAUUCUUUAUAACAGAGGAUCAAAUGAGUUUAUCUUAAAUUCAUAAAGAAAUAGAAGAAUAGAAGAAAUAAUAACAAUAAAAUUAAGUUGAUAAAAAAUAAACAACUCUACCUGCAAUAUCUAAAACUUAAGAAGUCUCUUUAAAUACAACAAUGAGAAUAAUUGAUAAAUCAAAAAUGUAAAAAGAAAAACACAAAUAAUUUAAUCCUGAAACAAUUAAUAAAUCUUCUUAAUCUAUUUUACCUAGAUUAAAAAGUGAAAUUGCACUUCAUAAUGGCAAAGAACUCUAUAUAAUGUUAUAAUAAGCAAAGGAUUUAAAAAAAGAAUUAGACAAUAUUAUAUAUCAAAAGUAAUAUUUUUAUAUUUUAAUUUAGUCAAGCAGCUACUAAGAAAUUGGCUAAUUUAAGAACACUUUAACAUAAUGAAGGAUUUGGAACAGAUGUAGAUACGGUUUCAUAAAUUUAAGAUAAAGUAAUAUUUAUUAUUAUUAUAAUUCUUUUUAGAUUGAAAAUCUCAAAAAAUUGAGAGAGGAAGCAGAACAUGAUUAUUUAUUGAGUAUGGUACAAGAUAGUAGAUUGAGAAUUAUAAUUAAAAUUAGUGGUGAUAAUAGAUCUUAUAAUGAAGAAUGGAUUAGAGAUUUAAAUUAUUUAUAAUGUAAUCUAAACAAAUUGAUUAAAUAUGAGAAAUAAGAUAUUAUUAAAAUGGAAACUGAAAUUAAAUAAAUACAUACUAUACAUAUAUAAUAUGUAGAUGCUUUUAAUAAUAAUAUGAAUUAUUCAAAAUAAAUGAUUGAUUAAAUCAAUAAAACUGUUAGAUAAAAAGAAGACUUUGAUCAUUUUUUUUAAUAAUCAGAUUCUAUUAUACAAUAAUAAUCAUCUGAAAAGAUGUAAAAAUUAUAAUAAUAAUAUGCAUAAAAUGAAGAUAAAGAAUAAUAAAGAGUCAAAAGAAUUCAACUUGAAAAAAAUAGUAAAGCAAUAUCUGAUAAGCUUGAAGUUCUUAGAUCAACUAUGGCUCAUGUUAGUCAAUAUAUAGAAGUAAUUCAAUAAUGUUAUUAAUAGAUUGAAAAUCCUGAUUACUCUAAAGAAAAGAGUUUUGUUGAAUUUUUAAAUUAAUUAGAAAUUAAAACAUCUUUAGAAGCUAAAAUAUCAUUUUAAGAAGAUCUAUUAAGUGAUUUACAUCUUAAACUACAUAAAUAAAAGAUGUAUUUAGAUGUAAAUUAUAUAUUUAUUUUAAAAGACUUUCAAAAAUGCUAAUUCAAAUGAACAUAAAAAAUAACGUGAAAAAACAAUUAAAUAUAUUUAAGGGAAAGUUUAAGGCAAUGAAACUAUCUAAAUGUUAAUAGAGAAAAGAGAUUUAUAAUUAAAAUAGAAUUAAGUUAAGGAAAAAUAAAAAAAUAAAUUACAACUUUCAUUAUUAGAUUAUAAUGUACUUAAAUUUAAUAAUUAAAUUAUAGAUAAGUAUCAAAAAUAUUAGAUCCAAAAUUUAGUAAUCUAAAUUGAAAAACCAAUCUGAAUAAGGAACUGCUAUAAAAAUAACAUUAAUUAAUGAUGUAUUUAUUUAAUUCAUUAUAUUUCAGAUAUAUGAAGAUUUAACUAAAAGAUAAAAUUUCAUUAAAGAGAAACUAGGUGAAGAAAUGUUUUAAUAAUUCUUAAAUAAGAAACUUGAUUUUAAUAAAGUAUAUAAAGCUGCAUUCAAAUAUCAUUAAGAUCCAACUUUAACAUAAAUGGAACCAUAUUGA